UCAUAUGGAUCUGAAAGUGAAGAUCUUCAAAACCAGAGCUGUCUUGAGCCAGGUCAGCAAGGCUGCAGAGCAGGUGUCAGAGUGUCAUGGGAACACGGGGAUGGGCCAGCUGCCAACACUGCUAUGCCAGACAGAUCUUGCUCCUUACCUGGAGCAAGAACAACAGGCCACUGAUGCAUUUGAGAGCUUCAUUCAGCAGGUCCUACCAGAGUGCGUUCAGGCUCCAGAUGUUUGGGAAGCAAGUGCACAGGGAGAGAGCAGCCUGGAGGAGGGGCUGAAGGCUGAGAAACAAAUGGACUCAUACUGUGAAAUACCAGAAGAAAGAAGAGCAGCUCCUUAUCAAGAAUGCACAAAGACACCAUGGGGGGUGGCACCAGCAAGCUGGGGAGGAUUGGUCCAAGGUUCAAAGGCAGAGCUAGUGGAGGGAGGGAAUGAGAGAGACGUGUUGAACAUGGAGAGUGAGGAGAGAGAUGGCACCCAAGAAGUCACAGAGAGAAGGGACACCAAGAAAACAUCAAUGCCAAAAAGUCUUGGGACUGAUGGAGAUGAGCUGCUGGAGGACCAAGACAGCUUCUGGAAGGAGCUGGCUCGAAUAGAGACAGCAUAUAUCUGUGCCCGAAGGGAGGUCAUAGUCACAACAGCAAAAGUGGAAGGCACCUGUGCUGCGCUGGAGUGUGCCCAGAGGACUCUGGAAGCUCUUGAGGAUAACCAGCAGGCUGCUGAGGCUGAGCUGCAGAGCCAGGCUGCCGUGCUGCAGAGGCAGCUGCGCGCCCUGCGCUUCGACAUCGCGCGGACUCUGACACACCGGCUGCCGCCCCUGCUGCAGGCAGAGGCUCGCCGCUUUCGCCUGCCCCUCCUGCGCCAACACCUCAGCCUGCAAGUUGCCCGGCUCCAGAACGCUGCCAGGAGGCAGGAGGAGGCGGCUGUGUGGCUACUGAGCCAGCACAGCCGCCUGGACCUGCUGGAGUUUCAGCUGAGAAGGGAGGGAAAGGAGCUGGAAAGGAUGGCUGCUUGGCUGGAGAAGAUCGAAACGGUCACGAGGGAAUCCCCCACCAGGCUGCAGGAGCAGCAGAACUACUUCAGAGAUGCUGGGCCCUCCCACAAAUGGAUAGACUCCAAAGACCUCACUGCUACACGGCUCUGGGACAUGUUGAUGGGAAAAGAUCAGGAGAAGCAGCCCUUCCGCAGCUACGAGGCGAUGGCAGCCAAGUGCUCCCAGCUGGUUCAGGACAAGAGGGCACUGGAAGCCCAGCUGGAAGCUCCUAUGUCUCAGGUGUCUGCCCUGGAGUCCUCCAUAGAGGUGCUCUAUCACCAGCUGUACAACAGCUCCAACCAGCUGCAGGUCUCCUCGCCGGAGAUCUCCAAGCUGAUGCAGCAACUGAUCAUCAUGCAGGAUGACCUCUGCCAAAAGCUGUCAGAGCUCCUGAGUGACCUGGAGAUCAAGCGCAGGUCUCUGGAGAACCCCAUGGUGCAGGCAGAGCGCAACCUGUAUGUGUAUUUUUACUGCAAUGAGGAUCGCCUGAGAGAGAUGGUGGAGGAGCUGGAGAAACAGGCAUCAGCUUCCUCCAAGGGACCCCUGAGGGAGCUGCCCUAUGUAAAGCAGUAGGUCAAAGGAAUCCUUGCUCUCUGCCACAGUAGUGGUGUUCUCUUUUGAUUGGGCUGGGUCCUUAAUU